AAAAGCUUUUAGGACCAACAAAGAAAAAUGAAAAAAAUGAGUGGGCAUGGAACACUAGGGCCGAUGUGGACAAAUAGCAAGUUUGAGAACGUCAAACCUUAACUCUGUUUGUUAAUAAUUUCUUUUAUCGCAACUUAUUUUAAAAUUUUCAGUUUGCAGAAGUUAACUUACCCACUGUGACUGCGUUGUUGAACUCAUAAAAGUCUUGGAUGAUGAAUCCCAACACUCCUCAAAAUCAACUUUCAGACUCCGUACCUUUCCACUUGGCUGUCGUGCCUGAAGAGGUCCCUCUGGAUAUUUCAGAGGAUGAAGAUGCUAAUCUUGCCGUAAACUCCACUUCAAGUCCUGCUUAGAGUAAUCCUACCUUAAAACCUCUUUCAAGUCUUAUUGAGAGGCUUUUUGCUCAGGGAUUUGAGGGUGAAGAAGAAGAGUUUGACUUUGUUUCUGAAGAGCCACCUCUUGCGACCCUUCCUUUGAGCCUCGUUGCUCCUACUACUAACCUCGUUGUUGUCCCUCGUGAUGAAGUUGGUCCUUCCAUUGGGAGAGGUACGAAGCAGGUUAUGAUUGAAGUCCCCGAGAGCAUGAAUUUACUAAAGAAAUCCAACUGAGUUGCGGUUUGGUUGAAACCUUUAAUUGGGCCCCUCGAGAGGGAAAAACUUGAAUCUCACUCCUCUAUCACUCUGAUGAAUGAUGUUAUUCAUUCUGCUCUUAAGAUUAACUUAACAUGUAUGGAGCUAAUGAGGAGAGUGGCUUAGACUGAGUAGCAGGUUGCAGUGUUGAGCAUGGAAGCUGACAAUUGAAAAGAGCAAUUUGAGAGCCUCCAACUAAAGAAGGAUAUUUUGGCUGUUGAGAAGGAGACUUUGGAGCAACCGAUUAGGAUCACUACUGCUGAAUUAGCAGUAAUGAAAGCUUCCGCCAAUCAAGCUGAGAAGGAAAAAGAUAGGAUGGAGGCCACAUUUUCUGAGCAACAUUCAAGGGCCACUAAGGAGAUUCGGUAUUUGAAAGAACUUCUGAAUAAAAAAGAAGUGUAUGCGGGUGAUCUGGUCCAAGCAUUGAUUCAAGCCCAAGAAUAUCUCCGCACCUCUUCCAACAUAGUUAGUUCCCUUAAAUCUACUCUUAAACCUUUGAAGGUUUCUUAUGAAACAGCCGAAUCUGAAAAAGAAGAACUGAGGGCUGAAGUUGACCAAUUGGAGAAAGAUUGUGAGGCUCUCGAGGAUAAGCCAACUCUGGAUAUAAGUUGGGCCUUCCUGAACACGCUUCUUGAAACUUUGACUAAGGCUAGCCAAGAAGGCUUUGAUCUAGAAUCUGAGAUUGCUAUGGCUUGGGAUGCAAUUGAAACUACUCAGCAACGUCAAAGUUUCUAUACACCUGAGGACGAAAGUACCAAGAGUGAUUUAAGCAAUGAUAGUUCAGAGGCUGAUCCUGCUGAUCCCCAACUUUCAUCUUCUAGUCCCCAAGUUGAUCCUUCCGCUUCUUCUCAAGAUGCUCCCUAGUUUUCUCUUCAGCAAUAAUCUUUUAUGUUUCUUGGAUAUUUUCGGAUAUUUUUUUAUUUGUUUAUCAGAAACUUUUAUCAAUGUUAAA